AUGGUGAGAGGCAACGCGAAAGCGAAAGCUCAGGAAAAGAACGCGAAGAAACAGGCGGAGAAAACGAGCGCGAAAUCUUCGCUCGGGAAAUCGAACGAGUCUUUAGUUUUGAAGUGUCACGUGUGCAUGGCGUUGAUGAAGAACGCGAAGCAGAUGAAGGAACAUUUCGAGAGCAAACAUCCGAAAGUGGCAAUGCCUGCGGAGUGCAUCGGAGGGGGGUGA